AUGGCGCAUCCAGUACAGCUGUCGUCGUCGCGCGACACUCCGAACCCUCUCCGACCGUACUAUCGCCCUCCCUCAAUAGGCCUCCCGCCGCCAGAUGUAAACGCGACAAGCUCGGCUACUGGAGCAAGCAGCAGCCUGGGGAGCUCAGCACGCGGUGUCUUCAACGAUCUCGACUACUCGUCCUUCCUGAACGAUGGCGACUCGGCUUCGGUUGCCGACAUGGGUCGCAAGGUCCUCGACCAGGCUCUGUGGAAGUACACUUCGGUCCUUCUGGCACAGCCCUUCGAUGUCGCAAAGACGAUUCUCCAGGUCCGCCUGGCCACACAACUCGAUGCCGAAUCCACCUUGAGACGUAGAACCUCUGCCCGCUUCGCCGUCGACCAGUACCCGCCUAGUGAUGACGACUCGGACCCGGACGAGCCGAGCUACUUCACCCCGACCAAGCCCACACGAGCAUCCGAGUCGGACAGGUCCCGUUCUCGUCGCCCUCGUACCCCGCCCUCACGUUCGUCGAGAGAGCAAUCGCCUGCUCCACAUGUUCUACAACUACGAAGGCCCGACUCGGUCAUGGAGGCUCUGUCUCAGCUGUGGCAGCAAGCUGGUGCCGCCGCCAUGUGGAAGGCUACAAAUGCCACCUUCAUCUACAAUGUCUUGCUGAAGGCUACAGAGGGUUGGACACGUAAUCUACUAUCUGCUUUGUUCGAUCUGCCAGACCCGUCGUCUCUGUCGUCAGUGCCUGCAGAGGUUGUUGCUGGUGCAAUGGGCGGUCUUGAUCUAGCAGACAGCCCCUCGCCUUUGGCUUCUUUGGGUAUUGCAGUCGCUGCCUCUGCUAUCGCUGCUCUUUUGCUUGCUCCUCUCGACCUUGUCCGCACGAGACUCAUCCUCACACCCACCACAUCACAACCUCGCGCAAUUCUACCAAGUCUCCGUCUCCUGCCGAGCCUCACCAUUCCCACCUCUCUAGCUCCCAUCACCUUCCUCCAUUCGACUCUCCCAACUCUUCUGAGCACCAGCACUCCUCUCAUCCUCCGUCAAUACUUCCGCAUCGAUCCACUGUCCACUCCAGCCACGUACUCGCUCGCCACAUUCCUGACCUCAACCACCGAACUCUUCCUCAAGCUCCCUCUCGAGACCGUCCUACGCCGCGCCCAAAUCGCCCACCUCAAAUCCUCUCACAAGCACGCCUACAACAAAUCCGCUCUCAACUCCUUCCGCGGGAACAAGUCUGUCACAAGUCCAGACAUGGACACAAUCGUUCCUGUUGGUCCUUAUAGAGGUGUCUUCGGCACUGCUUGGAGUAUUAUUACCGAAGAAGGCAUCCGCGAGCAACCGCCACAAAGCCGUCUGAACACUCCCGCCAGACCAGGUCUUGUCGCGCAAAAGAAGGACAAGAAAGGACAAGGCAUCGGUGGUCUAUGGAGAGGUUGGAGGGUCGGCAUGUGGGGCUUGGUCGGUGUCUGGGGAGCUUCUGCACUUGGGGGUGGUGGCAGGACUGGUGGUGAGUUCUAG